UCAUUUCAAGAACCGAGCCAUGGCUAUACCAGUUGUCGGGAUAACCUAUGAUGCAGAAUUAGUUCACCAUUACUGUCCAUCUUUGAGUGAUGAUCAGGACCACCUAUCCAUCAUGCUUGAUGAAGAUGACCAAGAUGGACAGUCUGAAGAAUCUGAAUCUGGAGAUGAGGCCAGUAGCCCAAAUGUGACUCAAACUAAGAAGCAAAAGACUGCUGAAAAUAAUCAAGCACUAGAAGGAGCAGAAACUAAAAGAAAUCUGAUCGAUCAAUUCUCCUCAAGUAAAGAUGUUAUGAAAUCAAAGCAUGUUGUCGUCAAACUGGAGAAGAAUCUAUAGGGAAAGACCUUAAUUGCUAAGUCUCUGUUUUAAGGGUUUAAUGCUGGACAAUUUGCACUGUAUAGUGCUUUAG